AUGACUCUCACCCAGGGAUCGCUAUUCUACUCUCUUUUGAGUGUUUGUGUUAUCAAAUGUUCCAAGGUUACAUUGGUCAAUAAUGGAUAUAGAAACAUUGUUUUUGCUAUAAAUCCUAGUAUCGAAUAUAAUCCCAAACUGAUUGAAAGCAUUCAGGAAAUGAUGACUGAAGCCUCGUUCUACCUCUACAAAGCUACAAAACAUCAACUUUACUUCUCAGAUGUAAAAAUUCUGCUGCCUGCUGUCUGGCCAUUGAAUUCAAGUCUGCUUCAGAGACCAACUACUCAGUCAUAUGAGAAGGCGAAUGUGAUCAUUGCUGAGCCAUACCUUAAAUAUGGAGAUGCCCCGUACACCCUGCAGUAUGGUGGAUGUGGUGAGAAGGGGCGGUACAUUCACUUCACCCCGAACUUCAUGCUAAAUGAUGAAAUGACCUCAGUUUAUGGUUCAAAAGGGAGAGUAUUUGUUCAUGAAUGGGCCCGUUUCCGCUGGGGUGUGUUUAAUGAACACAAUGACUUGAUUCCAUUUUACAACUCCAACAAUGGAACCUCUGAAGCAACAAGAUGUUCACUCAGCAUAAAAGGAACAAUUGCUGAGUGCAAAGGCAGAUCCUGUUCAACAUGUACCAUUGAUCAAAGUACAGGAUUACCAAAUAAGGAAUGUAGAUUUUUCCCAGAGAAAAAUCAGCCAUCAUCAUCUUCAAUAAUGUACCUACAGGGAUUACCAAAUGUAGAUAAAUUCUGUGAUGCUGAGACGCACAAUGCCGAAGCACCCAACAUGCAGAACGAAAUGUGUAAUUACGAGAGCAUUUGGGACGUGAUCAACAAGUCAGAAGACUUCAGAAACAUUUCAUCACCCCACACUGGUUCAGUCAAACCAAAUUUCACACUUCUACAGGCCAAGGACCGCGUCGUUUGCUUAGUCCUUGAUGUCUCAGGAAGCAUGGGAUCGGAGAAUCGCAUUGUCAGGCUCCGACAAGCAGCUGAGAUAUUCCUACUGCAGAUUGCUGAAGCAGGAUCACAAGUUGGAAUUGUCACUUUUAACUCUGAUGCAAGCAUUAAAACACAGUUAAAAAGGAUUGAUAAUGAUGCCGUAAGGGAGGAUCUUGUACAGCUGUUACCAACAUCAGCUGAUGGGGGAACGAGCAUCUGUACUGGGGUUAGGGCUGGAUUUCAGGUACUUCGUGGUGAUGACAAUGCUACAAAGGGUGAUGAAAUUAUUUUACUGACAGAUGGAAUAGAUUAUCAAAUAAGUAGCUGCUUCCCGGAAGCAGAAGGAAAUGGAGCUGUAAUCCACACCAUUGCACUAGGACCAUCCGCAGCUGAAGAAUUAGAGCAGCUUUCAACCAUGACAGGGGGCUUACAGUUUGCAGCGACUGAUAACCUGGAUACAAGUGGAUUAAUUGAUUCUUUCACAGGAUUAACAUCAGGCAAUGGUGACAGCAGCCAACAGGCCAUCCAGCUUGAAAAUAUAGGAAGAAACAUUGGCAAUGACACUUGGUUAAAUGGCACUGUUGUUAUCGAUGAGACUAUUGGCAAUGAUACAUCUUUUGUAGUUACCUGGGAGACACAGACUCCUUACAUUCUUCUGCAUGACCCCAGUGGGAAGAGUUACAAUAACAGUGACUUUAAGAUAGAUGAGAUUGUGCACACAGCUCGACUUAAGAUUUAUGGCACAGCACAGAUUGGAACAUGGAUCUACAGCAUCCUGAAUCCUGGAGGCAAACAGGUUAUAACAAUCACAGUAACAUCCCGAGCAGCAGAUUCAGCAGUUCCACCAAUCAUAGUUAAGGGGUACAUCAACAGAAAGGAUUCCACCAGUCCAAUAAUUAUUAAUGUGGAAGUCAGUCAUGGAUUUCUACCAAUCCUAUAUGCGAACGUGACAGCUAUUAUUGAACGUCCCAGCGGGCCUCCGAUUGAACAUGUGCUUUCUGAUGAUGGCUUAGGUGCCGAUAUUGUCAGGAACGAUGGGAUUUAUUCUAAGUAUUUCUUUAGCUUUAAUGGAACUGGAAGAUACAAUGUUAAAGUGCGUGUACAAGGAACUGCAGGUACUACAAGGAUAACAAUAAAAAAGGAGGGACUGCUCAUGCCAAUACCAGGAUAUACAAAAAAUGGAAAUAUUGAGGCAAUUCCACAACAGCCUCAGGCUAAGGAAACACAUGUUAAUACCACAUCAGGAGACUUCAACAGGGUUCAAGCAGGAGGAACAAUUUCACUUCCCUCAGAUCCCCCUCCUGUUGAUUUUCCACCAUGUAAAAUCACAGACCUUCGAGCAACAAUAGUUAAAGAUGAAAUUAAGCUGGAAUGGACAGCACCAGGAGGUGACUAUGAUCAAGGUUCAGCAUCUCGCUACGAGCUGAGAAUGAGUGAUAAUCUGCUACAGCUAAGGGACAAUUUCCCCAAAGCUCCAUUAAUUAAUUUGACCGACAUGCAUCCACAGCCAUACGGCUCCAAGGAAACAGUAUUUUUUCCUGAGAAACCAAGUUUGCAAAAUGGUGCAACUGUUUAUUUUGCUGUGCGUGCAUAUGACAAAAGCAAUCAUGCAUCAGAACUGUCAAACAUUGCCAAGGUAACUUUCUUUGUGCUUUUGGUCGAGCCUUUGGUUGACCUGAAUGAUAAUUAUGUAUCACCAAAAGCCUGGAUUGCUGCAGUUGUCAUAGGUAUUGUGGGUUUGGUUGCAGGGAUAAUUAUUUUUAUUAUGUAUGCAAAAAGGACAAAGAAAAUUUCUGCAGCUGCAUAGUGCUUUCAAAGCCACAUUAAACAGACAGCUUGCUACUAAAGAGACUGAUGAUCAAAACCCUUUAUUUGGUUGUAGAUUAAAUCAUAGAGAAUGGGUUGGAUUUGAGGAAAAUAAACACUUUUGAUAUUUUUCCAGCAUUUGCUCAUCCCUCAUCCCAAAGUUACAACAAUUGGAAGAAUUCCUGUAUAAAUUUACUCACUGUCUAUUUUUUAUAGUCCUGGCUAUAAACUGACCAGUUGGUUAUACACCAGGAUGUGUGAGCACAGCUAUUUCACCAAAACAGCACAAGAAAUUCUGCCAAUUCAUAUAAAUUUAGAAUGGGGAUGAGAAAGUUAUCAAAGUAUUGAAGAAUUCCCUUUGUCUUAUUUUCUUCAUUUCCAAAACCCAUUGUCAUUUUUGAGUAAAUUCGUGUGUUUUUAAAGGUGUGGAAUCAGUAACAACAGCUAAUGUUUAGGCUGCUUAAUUUGCUGUAUACAGAUAAUGUAUUGUCCACAAUAAAAGCAUUGUUUCUUUUCUAUGAUGUAAGCCACUACUCAAGAAAAACCUGAAAGUACUGGAAAUACUCUGCAAGACAUAUAGCAUCUAAAAAGAGGGAAAUAAAGUUGCUGUUUCAA